UAGAUUGCGUGUGUCUGGGUGAAAGCUGUGGAUGAUAAAAGGGCGCCUCAAGCAUCCCUGAACACACACUCCUGAAGUUUCAGACCUCAACGGACACUCAGUCAUCUCUGCAGUAAAGCAAAAAUCAGCCAAGAUGUGCACAGGUCUCCUCAAAGUCAUGAUGUUCAUCUUCAAUGGUGCCAUCUUUCUGUGUGGCAUAGCCGGUCUGGGAGUUGGUAUAUGGGUGGUGCUGGACAGCGAUACGCUUCUGGGUUUACUUGAAUCUGUGGAAAAUACCCCAACCAAGGUGUUCCAAGUGGUCACUGUAGGCUACGUGUUGGUCGGUGUGGGCACUUUUCUUUUGAUUGUUGGCUUUUUGGGAUGCUGCGGAGCUGUCAAGGAGAGCAGAUGCAUGCUGCUGACGUUCUUCAGCAUUAUGCUGAUCAUCUUCUUUGUCGGGGUUGCAGGAGCCAUUGUGCUGUUUGUCUUCACUGAUGUUGUGGAUGAAUUGUUUGAGGAAUUGGAAGAUGAUGUGAAAACGGCCAUUCAAAGCAAAUAUGGGAAUCCAAAUGACAUGACCACGCUGUGGGAUACAGCCAUGAAGGAGUUCAGGUGCUGUGGAUACAAAAACUACACUGACUUUGAUGGCUCGCCUUUUAACCAGCUGACAGGUGAAUACCCCGGCCCAUGCUGCGGAACACCGGAUGAGAAAUGUAGUUUGACGGAAGUGCAACAAGUGGACAUUCCAGGUUGCUUUACUAAACUGGUGACAGUGUUGGAGGAUAACUCUUUCAUCAUUGCUGGCGUAGCUUUCGGAAUAGCUGCUAUUGAGAUUGCAGCCAUGGUGGUUUCUAUGGUUCUUUACUGCAAUGCUGGCAAAAAGUCAUGAUGAUUCCCACUUAGAAUGAUGAUAAGAUCCUAGUUGUUGGUUCUAAUAGAAAAGCACCUCUUUGUAAAUAGUUUAUAAUAUAUUUAAAUUCACACAUGAACAGAUAAUGCUCUUCAUGUGUUAAUGACUGAUACUGCGUUGUAAAUUGAAACCUGUUUGUUUACUGUGUCUAAACUGUGAUUUAUUCAUAGUUUUAGAAGGUGCUUACCUCAGCUGAGGCUGUUUCUGCUCAUGUGUUCAACAGUGGGAUGUGAUGAAGCACAGAGGUGGCACCUGUUGAGCUUGUGUUAAUUUUUAUGUAUUAUUUCCAUUUAUGACGAUGAUAGAACAUGUGUAUUUUGUAUAUUAUUUUAUGUUAUAUUUGCCUGUUCCUAAAAGCAUAUUUAAGUUUUUUUUCUUCUUUUUAAUGUGUUUGUACUGGGAUGGUGCAAUAAAAAUUAAGGACAGAA